AUGGUCAGUAGCAGUACUUUGUUUUCGGUGGCGGGCAAAAAUGUGCUGGUCACGGGCGGUUCCCGCGGCGUCGGCUACAUGAUCGCCAAAGGCUUUUCCGAAGCCGGAGCGAACGUCUUGUUGACGAGUCGCUCCGAGACGGACUGCGCCAAAGCUGCGCAGGAGCUAAACUGUCAGUACGUUGCGUCCAACGUUGCGUCCCGGGAAGGAUGCCAAGCACUCGUCGAACAAGUGGGUCGGACUUUUGACAAACGACUCGAUGUCUUGAUCAACAACGCCGGAACAUCCUGGGGAGAACCACUAUCACGGAAUUCCAAAUCCAACUGGGGGUUCGACAAAGUCUUCGAUCUCAACGUCAAGGGCUUGUUCUUCUUGACCCGCGCGUGUUUGCCGUUGUUGGAACAGAGUGCUUCGCCGGACAAUCCGUCACGAAUCAUUAACAUAGGCAGCGUCACCGGGUUGGUGCCGCAGCAAGCCCCCACCCACGCCUACGACGCCAGCAAGGCUGCCGUGCAUAACCUCACGCGCAAAUUUGCCGCCGACUUGGCCUCCAAGCACGUGACCGUCAACGCACUCGCGCCCGGAUUCGUCCCGUCCCGGAUGAGUGCUGGUUUGGCGGCCUGGGGUGGGGACGCCGACCAAUUGGCCCGAACGAUUCCGCUCGGGCGACUCGGCAACGCAGACGACAUGGCAGGGGCGUGCAUUUAUCUAUCGUCGAGAGCAGGCAAUUGGUGCACCGGCGUUAUACUGAACGUAGAUGGUGGAGCCGUGGGUGCUCUGCAACUGCCGCUGUCAAGUUUGUAA